AAAGACGUGUGUGGCAUUGUGUGGCGGCACGUGAAAGAAACUAUGAAAGUAUACGCAUUGUUUGACGUCUUUUAUAAAAUAUAUUUUAAUAUUUAAUUGUACUGUAAAGUUAAAAUGAUAUCUUUGGGUCUUUUACUUGUUUAUGCUAUUGUAUUUGCAGUAGUAUGUAUGAUUCUGUUUUCAGUGAUAUUAUACGUAAUAACAGAACCAUAUCCAAAAAUAUGGCGAGAUGAAAAAGAAAAGUAUUUUUUCAAUCCAAAGACACAAAAGACAGAAGCUUUUCCAUCGCUAUAUGAUAAUUGGAGUGUACAUCUGAGCGUCAUAAUACCAGCAUAUAAUGAAGAAAAAAGAUUGCCUUUGAUGUUGGACGAAUGUUUGGAAUAUUUAGAUCAACGUUUGAAAACUGGAUGUACUUAUGAAAUAAUUAUAGUUAGCGAUGGAAGCAAAGAUAAUACUGUGGAUAUUGCGCAUAAAUAUGCAUUAGAACAUGAAAAUAUCAGAGUAUUAAAACUUGUUAAAAAUAGAGGAAAGGGUGGUGCAGUAAGAUUAGGUAUAUUAAAUGCAAGAGGAAGUGCAAUACUAUUUGCAGAUGCCGAUGGUGCUACUAAAUUUAGCGACUUAGAAAAGUUAGAUGAAAGUUUGAGAAGCAUUUUAGGAUUUGAUUACAUAAACAAACCAGACGAAGUUAGCUCCUCUUCUGCAGUUGUAUGUGGGUCCAGAGCUCACUUAGAAAAAGAAGAAACUGCCAAGCGAACAUUUUUUAGAUUGUUACUAAUGCAUGGAUUUCAUUUCUUAGUAUGGUUUUGGGGUGUAAGAGGUAUCAGAGAUACACAGUGCGGUUUUAAACUUAUAACAAGAAAUGCUGCACAGGCUAUAUUUCAAGCCUUACACGUUGAACGAUGGGCUUUUGAUGUAGAAAUGUUAUACAUUGCAAGAGUUUUAGACAUUCCUAUUACUGAAAUUCCUGUUCAUUGGACAGAAAUAGAAGGAUCUAAAAUAGUACCUUUCUGGAGUUGGUUACAAAUGGGUAGAGACUUAUUUUUUAUUUGGUACAAGUAUAGAAUUGGAGCAUGGAAAAUAAAAAGGUCCAAACAAACAUAACAUUAAUACGCACAAAAGUGUGAACUUACAAAACACAAUUUCCUAUUCAAUAUUUUAUUUGUAAAAAUUACUUUUCCUUUGUGAGGAAAUGUAGAUACAAAAAAUUAUAAUAAUUUCAGCUAUUAAUCAUUAAAUGUAUGAUACAUUAUCGUACAAUAUAAUACAACUUUUUAAAAUUGUAUUAUUUUAGGCUAAGCUUUACAGAGACAUUGUCUAUUCUUUUAUAAGUUCUGUAAUAUACAAUCGUCAUUAUAAAUAUUUUGUAAGUAAGAGAAUUCCAGCAUUUGAUUAUAAUUUAUUAUAAUUGUUAAAAUAUGAAAUGUUUUCGUUCAGCAAAAUAAAUAUUGCUGAAAAAGAAAAUGUUAGAAAAUAAACGAAGUUUUAACUUAAACGGCGUAGCACUUAGCUCGAUAUAGUUUUCUACAGAUCUGCAAAAUCUUUAGAGAACGAUAUCGAUUUCCAGGUCACACCACAUGGAGGUGGCUACGAUUGUGACCCACCCCGAUCUCCAAGUCCUAACCACCCUUACAAUAAGCUCAUUUAUCAAGUUAAAAUCGAAAUAGGGUUUACAUAAGAAAUUUCAAAACUUAUAAUAAAACCUCGAAGAGAUUUCAAAGUCUUAAAGUACGAAAUACAUAUAAAAAAAACACUUGAUAGAACACAUUAAUACACUGAUAUAUUAAGUAGCAUUAACAUGAACAUAUAAUACUUUAAUUGAGUCCUUGACUCGUACCAGUAUGUGAUGAUGAGGUUGAUCCUAACUCUGGUAGGUACAAUAACAUUGACUACCUAUGACCUGUUCAAGUACGAACCUAUAACAUGAUAGGUAAACCGCUAUGCCCAAUCAACCAUCACGCACGUAUCACUGUCUAUAGUCUAUAGCUACCUUUGUAUUUAACGAUAAUUACAAAUUGAACUUUGUUCAGUUACUGUUUUAUAAUAUUUUCGUGCGUAUGUGUAAACAAGAUAUUUGUUGA